UUGACACAUCCCAACAGGGGCUGUAGCUGAGAGCACCCACUGACCCAAACUCAGGCUUUGAAGCGAGCUGGUGUGUCAGCAUCACACCGCUGCGGACGGCAUGAGGGCUUUCUUAUUCACCUGUGUGCUGGUACCUUGGCUGAUGGCAUCCACGGCCAGAGGGCUUAACCAGAACUCCCAGCUGAUAUCAGGAUCUCUACCUGGCAACGAGCUGGACACAUACUUCAGUGACAAUUUCAUAUCAAGGAGAGCUCGGAGGGCACUGCCUCCUGCUGAUGAGCCUGAUGACAGCCCGAUCUCUGAGGGAGCAGACGCUUCAGACCUGCCCACCUGCCUGCUGUGUGUGUGUCUCACUGGCUCUGUGUACUGUGAGGAGGUCACUCCAGACAUGACUGCUGUUCCCAUGAUGCCUAAAGAGACAGCCUACCUGUACGCCCGCUUCAACAAGAUCAAAAAGAUCAAAACCAAAGACUUUUCUGACAUUGUGACUCUGAAGAGGAUCGACUUGACGGGGAACCUGAUCUCGGAGAUUGAAGAUGGCGCGUUCUCUAAACUCACCCUGCUGGAGGAGCUUUCUCUGGCUGAGAACCGACUGGUCAAACUUCCAAUGCUUCCUGCCAAGCUCACCGUCUUCAACGCCAACAACAACCUCCUCAAAACCAAGGGUGUCAAAGCAAACGCUUUCAAGAAAAUGACCAAGCUGACUAACCUAUUCCUGGCCGACAACCAACUGGAGGCUGUUCCACAAAUCCCAGAGACUGUUCGGAUCUUACAUCUACAGAACAACAACAUCACCCUGGUGAACAAAGACACCUUCUGCAAGUCCAAUGACACCUACUACCUGCGACUGAGCCUCAGUGAGGUCCGUAUGGACGGGAACCCGGUGAUAUUGUCCAAGUACCCCGACAGCUUCACCUGCAUGAAGGUGCUGCCUGUUGGACAGUACCGCUGAGGAGGCAGAUGUUUUACUGUAGCCCCCUCUGACGAGGCAGUUUCCCCACAGUGCUUAGGGGUGGGGAUACUGUGACGUUCUGGAUGCUGGGGCACUGGUCCCAUUGUGUCAAUGAUUUACUUCAGCAAACCUACAAACAGCUUGUGACAUUGUCAGGUCGAAAUGAAACCAUUCACCGGACCGAAGGAGAAGAAUUAAACAAAUCCUUCUAUGGUGGCUAUU